AUGGGCAACGAUCAAUCCAAAGCGAAAGCGAAAGCUCCGGAGCAACCCCAUCCACACGCGACGAAUGUCACUCCACCGGUGCCGAUUCCCUCUAGCACGACCAGCCCAACCCCCGCCGCCCGCCCCGUCACCGUCCCCGUCCCCGUCACCGUCCCGCAGGCAGAGACAAUGAUCGGACCCAGCCGGGUCGCAUACAAGUCAGAGGCGCCUCCGACCUCUGACACAUACCCGCUACAGCCGGCGGAGUAUGGUCGACCGCCUCGCCUACCUCUACCGAUCGACGAGCAGGUAUUGAUGCCUGGGUCACCGAUCCUGGCGCCGAGGGAGCCUGGAUCGGCGGAGGUGGACGAGCUGCCGAGGAAGGAGAGCAUGUUGAGUAGCACGACGGUGGACGAGGAGGAGAUCGAGGAUGAGCUGCCGAAGAGCGCGGAGGGGGUGCCGCAGAAGACGGUGCCGACGCUGCUGGAGUGGGCGGGACCGGGGGAGAAGGUGUACGUGACGGGGACGUUUGCGAAGUGGGACCGGAAGUACAAGUUGCAUCGCAACGGCCCCAGCAAGAAUAAGAAUGCUCUCUCCGCAACGCUCCAACUCCAACCGGGCACCCACCACCUCAAGUUCAUCGUCGAUGGCGAAAUGCGCCUGUCAGACCACCUUCCCACCGCCGUCGACUUCACCAACAUCCUGGUCAACUACAUCGAGGUCUCGCCCGACGACAUCCCUUCCGCUCCCGAUGCGCCGCCCGGCUCCGAGACUCCCAAGCCGGACUACGUCGUCCCAGCGAACAUCCACCCACCCCUGCGUUUGUCUCCGCCCCCAGAACCCAAGUCCGUGUCGCCCGUCGCGAAAGUCCCCGGCGCCAUCAUCACGCCGUCCGCGCCCGAACACGCGACCAAACCGGCGUCCAUCCAGCCGACGUCACCGAAGAACUAUCACACUGAUAUCCCGACGUUCCUGGCCGACUACGACACGGACGAACGGGACCCGUAUUUCCAGCGGGCGGCGCAGGUGAUAGGGUACGGGCAUCCGCCGCCGUCGUUGCCGAUGUUCUUGAGCAAGAGUAUCUUGAACAGCGCGACGCCGAUGAAGGAUGACGCGUCGGUGUUGGUGGUGCCCAAUCAUACGGUCUUGAAUCAUCUAGCAACCAGUAGUAUCCGACAUGGGGUGCUUGCUACGAGCGGCACGACCAGAUACAAGCGAAAGGUUUGUCCCCCACAGCUUUAG